CCUUCUCCUACCUCCUCCCCCUCAGCAGUGCAGGUGAAUGAAGAAUGGGGGCUGCAGCCAGUCCAUAACACUUCAUCUCUGCCAUUCCUUCAUGGCUGCUCUGCCCCCGCUCCAGCGUAGGGUCCGUCCCACAGAUGCUUAUAUUUGUGAAUGUCAAUCUACUGAGAGAGGUUUUCCUUUCCCUUGCCUUCUUUACUGGAUACUGGAUGAAGGGAAAUCUCCAGGUUCAAAGAAUCACAGAAUAGUCAGAAUUGGGAAGAACCCACAAGGAUCACUGAGUCCAACUCCUGGCCCCACAUAGGAUCACCCAAUAUUUAAACCCUAUGUCUGAGAGCAUUGUCCAAACUCUGAGAGCAUUCUUGAACUCUGGCAGGCUUAGUGCCAUUACCAUUUCCCUGGCAUGCCUGUUCCAUUGUCCAACCACCUUCUCAGGGAAGAAUCUUUUUCCCAGUACCCAACCUGAACUUCCCCCCCUCCUUUGGGGCUCCAUGAAGAAGAGAUGCCACUUCUUCAUGAGAGCUGGGAGAUGGAAAAGAAGGGCUUACACAACCAUCAACAAUCAUCAAAAGAAUGGUUUAUUGCUGGGUGAUCUGACACGUGAGCCUUUAAGAUGUCCAUAUUGUUUGUCGUGUCCAAGUUAAUGAGGGGAACAGAGACUGACGCAGACAGCAAGCUGACCUGGUGCUCCUGCAGUUCUAUUGCCCUGAUUUUGUAUCAGAGAGACAAGGCACUCUGGGGAUGAUCAUGAAUCCCACAGGUAGACCCACUUCCAUCAGUUCUCUAUCUUGUUGUGGAUCUACCUCCAUAAACUCCUCAUUCUCUGGUGGACGGACUUACCUGGGCCCCUUGCAACUCACUGGAUGAUUGGUGUGCCUUAGCCACAUGCUUUUCUCUGGGCAACAGACAUGCUUGGGCCUAAUGCUGUUGUUCUCUGUCGGAUCCAUAUUCAUGACCUGCACACCACUGGUCACAUGAACACCAGCCACCGCAUUUGUGGCUUCUUGUUCCCUCAUUUGGAGGAAGAGCUCUCUAGUCUGAUUGUAAGAAUCAUUAGUAGCACCAGACUGGGAGCCUGCAGAUGGAUUUCCAAGGAGCAGCUCUUGGCCUUCCAAGGAAUCUGCCAGAAGAUGGCACUAAGGCACACGAAGGAGACAGUGAUGUCUAGGAACAUCCUGUUUUGUUCUUUUAGGUUCAGAUGCCUCCAUGGACAGAAUCUGAAACCCCUUUGGAUACCUUUUCUGUUUGGGCACCCUCGUAGGGACCGUGUUUUCAUUAGCUUCAAAGGAAUAGCUCUCUCUUUUUUCAUUGACCUGCUGCUGUUCUUUGUGCACCACCAUGGAAGGUCUGGCUUCACCUUCCAGCACUUGCUGGGUAGCAUUCUCAUCUUCAGGCUGAGACACCCCACCUCUAGGACUCAAGAUCCACAGGAGCUCUCUGAGGGGGUCCUCCUGUAGACACAGUGAAGCAGCCAAAAACAAGCCAAGUUCACGUUUGCCUGCUUCCUUGGGAAUCCAUGCAGAAGAGAUGCUGUCUCUUCACAAGGGGCAAGGACAGGGGAUGGGAAAGGAGGCUAUCCUGCACGCAAGCCCACUGGAUGUUAACGAUGGUCUCCCAGCUAAUUCUGGGCACAGAGGCUGCAGAGCGGGUAAGGAGCUGAGUACCUGGACCCUCAGUGCCACUGCUGUAACCUCACUCUGGCACAACGAUAUGCCAAGCCAGCUGUAGUGGAGGUCAAUCCACCUCCAUUGGUUCUUCAUCUGGAGUUUAUCUAUCUCCAUGGGCUGCAAAACAGUAGCCCCAGGCCAGGCCAUUGCCCUAUGGGCACAGGUGCUCUUCCUCUUCCAUUUGUUCUGCUUUGUUGAGUCUCACCACCUCUUCGGUUCUGGGAACCCAAUCUCUUUCUUCCCAUGUAAAACUGGGCAAUCAGUGCUCCUGAUUGGUGCUGGUAACCACCAGGCUCUUGGUAUCAGCUAUGGUUGUUUACCACCAUAGGUCUUGGAGCUGAAUGAGUGGGAUGGGGCAGUGGUGACUACUGUGACACCAGUAAGAUUCUGUGAUGGCCACCGUGAUGGUGGGAGUGGUUUCGGCAUGGGGUAAAAAGGGGCUGGAAGACAGGGCACAGGAUGGGAGGUAGAAGGCAGCCCCUGUGCCCAGGGGGCAGUCUUUCUCUCUGGCAAGCAAAAAGGCAUAGAGGAGCCAUCACCAAGAAAAGGGUCCUCUGCCUCCUUGACCCUCUUCCUUCUUCCACAAGGGAAUCAUUCAAGGCUGGGACACACAGCAUAUAAUGGCAGGCUCAGAGAACUCCUUUGGCCAGCACAGGGAAGAGGCUCAGGAGUAGAGCUAAUUGGCAGACCAAAGCCACGGCUUCCAUGUUAGUAUCUAGUGUCUCUUCUGUGUUUUUCUUGUUGUUGUUUGUUUGUUUGUGUAUGUGUGUGUUUCUUUCCAGUUAAUAGUUGAUUUUUUUUUUAAAUAGAUAAGGUGGAGAAUAAGACAUAAUAAUAUGAGAUGGGGAGUAAGAUUUAAAAAUUCCCCAUAUACUGAAAGUGACAAAGAUGUUCUAACAACCAAAUUCCCUUUCUUCCCCAGGUCUGGUAACAUUUCUUCAGCACCACUGAGAAAACUGUACUUCUUUGCCUCUUUGAGAGACAAGUUAUCCAGUCAGAGCGAAGUCAUCACAAGAAUCGUUCAGAGGCUGUGUGAAAAGAAAAAGAAGAACAUCCUUGCGUAUGGAUACUCCUUGCUGGAUGAGAACAGUUGUCACUUCAGAGUUUUGCCAUCUUCGUGUAUAUACAGCUAUCUGUCCAAUACUGUAACAGAAACGAUUCGCAUCAGUGGCCUCUGGGAGAUACUGCUGAGUAGGAUAGGGGACGACGUGAUGAUGUACCUGCUGGAGCACUGUGCACUCUUCAUGCUGGUUCCCCCAAGUAACUGUUACCAGGUCUGCGGGCAACCAAUUUAUGAACUUAUUUCGCGUAACGUAGGGCCAUCCCCAGGGUUUGUUAGACGACGGUACUCAAGGUUUAAACAUAAUAGCUUGCUUGACUAUGUGCGAAAAAGGCUUGUGUUUCACAGGCACUAUCUUUCCAAGUCGCAGUGGUGGAAGUGCAGGCCGAGACGUCGAGGUCGUGUCUCCAGCAGGAGAAAAAGAAGGAGCCAUAGGAUACAAAGCCUAAGGUCUGGUUAUCAGCCUUCUGCAAAAGUGAACUUUCAAGCAGGUAGGCAGAUCAGCACAGUUACUGCACGUCUGGAAAAGCAGAGCUGCUCCAGUUUAUGUUUGCCAGCUAGAGCACCAUCUUUAAAAAGGAAGCGUGAUGGAGAACAGGUUGAAAUCACAGCUAAGAGAGUGAAAGUAAUGGAGAAAGAGAUAGAGGAACAGGCUUGUAGUAUCGUUCCUGAUGUAAACCAAAGUAGCUCCCAGAGGCAUGGAACCUCCUGGCAUGUAGCACCACGUGCUGUAGGUCUUAUUAAAGAACAUUACAUUUCUGAAAGAAGUAACAGUGAGAUGUCUGGUCCUUCUGUAGUUCGCAGAUCUCACCCUGGGAAGAGGCCUGUGGCAGACAAAAGCUCUUUUCCACAAGGAGUUCAGGGUAACAAACGCAUAAAGACCGGUGCAGAAAAACGAGCAGAAUCCAAUAGAAGGGGCAUAGAGAUGUAUAUAAACCCAAUCCAUAAACCCAAUAGAAGGGGCAUAGAGAGGCGUAUAAAUCCAACCCACAAACCUGAGUUGAAUUCUGUACAAACUGAACCAAUGGAAGGUGCUUCUUCAGGGGACAGAAAGCAGGAAAAUCCCCCAGCUCAUUUGGCAAAGCAGUUACCAAAUACAUUCUCGCGCUCUACAGUGUACUUUGAGAAGAAAUUUCUUCUGUAUUCCCGCAGUUACCAAGAAUAUUUUCCUAAAUCGUUCAUACUGAGCCGCCUGCAGGGUUGUCAGGCAGGUGGAAGGCGGCUUAUAGAAACUAUAUUCUUAAGCCAAAACCCAUUAAAGGAACAGCAGAACCAAAGCCUACCACAGCAAAAGUGGCGAAAGAAGAGGUUGCCCAAACGCUACUGGCAAAUGAGAGAGAUAUUUCAGAAGCUGGUAAAGAACCAUGAGAAGUGCCCUUAUUUAGUUUUCUUGAGGAAAAAUUGCCCUGUUUUGCUUUCUGAAGCAUGUUUGAAAAAGACGGAGCUGACCUUGCAGGCGGCUCUGCCUGGGGAAGCAAAGGUUCACAAGCACACAGAACAUGGGAAAGAGUCCACUGAGGGUACUGCACCGAACAGCUUCCUCGCUCCUCCCUCAGUGCUAGCAUGUGGGCAGCCAGAGAGAGGGGAACAGCACCCUGCAGAGGGGAGUGAUCCGCUCCUCAGGGAGCUGCUCAGGCAGCACAGCAGCCACUGGCAGGUGUAUGGCUUUGUGAGGGAGUGCCUGGAGCGGGUGAUCCCUGCUGAGCUGUGGGGUUCAAGCCAUAACAAAUGCCGGUUCUUUAAAAACGUGAAAGCAUUCAUUUCCAUGGGGAAGUAUGCUAAGCUUUCAUUGCAGCAGCUGAUGUGGAAGAUGAGAGUGAAUGACUGCGUAUGGCUUCGUCUGGCCAAAGGUAAUCACUCUGUUCCUGCCUAUGAACAUUGUUACCGUGAAGAAAUUCUGGCAAAAUUCCUAUACUGGCUGAUGGAUUCCUAUGUUAUCGAGUUGCUCAAAUCAUUUUUCUAUAUCACCGAGACCAUGUUCCAGAAAAACAUGCUUUUCUACUACCGAAAGUUUAUCUGGGGCAAGUUACAGAACAUUGGAAUUAGAGACCAUUUUGCCAAAGUACAUCUACGUGCCUUGUCUUCAGAGGAGAUGGAAGUGAUCCGUCAAAAAAAGUAUUUUCCUAUUGCAUCAAGGCUCCGGUUCAUUCCUAAAAUGAAUGGUUUAAGACCCGUAGUAAGACUAAGCCGUGUUGUUGAAGGACAGAAACUCAGCAAGGAAAGCAGAGAAAAGAAGAUACAGCGCUAUAACACUCAGCUAAAAAAUCUAUUUAGUGUUUUAAACUAUGAACGAACUGUAAACACCAGUAUCAUUGGCUCUUCAGUAUUCGGGAGAGAUGAUAUCUACAGGAAGUGGAAGGAGUUUGUUACAAAGGUUUUUGAAUCAGGUGGUGAAAUGCCUCAUUUCUACUUUGUAAAGGGUGAUGUAUCCAGAGCUUUUGAUACCAUUCCUCACAAGAAACUUGUGGAAGUGAUAUCACAGGUCUUGAAACCUGAGAGCCAAACUGUCUAUGGAAUAAGGUGGUAUGCAGUGAUUAUGAUUACCCCAACUGGAAAAGCCAGGAAACUCUAUAAGAGACAUGUUUCUACUUUUGAGGAUUUUAUUCCAGACAUGAAGCAGUUUGUGUCCAAGCUUCAAGAGAGAACUUCAUUACGAAAUGCAAUAGUAGUUGAACAGAGAUUUUUACUAAACUGUUACAGUCUAAUUCUUCAGUGCUUAACUUUUAAUGAGAACAGUUCCACCCUGUUUACUUUCUUUCUUCAAAUGUUACAUAAUAACAUCCUGGAGAUUGGGCACAGGUACUAUAUACAGUGCUCUGGAAUCCCACAGGGCUCCAUUUUGUCAACCUUACUUUGCAGCUUAUGCUACGGAGACAUGGAAAACAAAUUACUCUGUGGGAUCCAGAAGGAUGGAGUCCUAAUACGUCUUAUUGAUGACUUUUUGCUGGUUACGCCACAUUUAAUGCAGGCAAGAACUUUUCUAAGGACUAUAGCAGCAGGUAUUCCUGAGUAUGGCUUUUUAAUAAAUGCCAAGAAGACUGUGGUGAAUUUUCCUGUUGAUGAUAUCCCGGGAUGUUCCAAGUUCAAACAUCUGCCAGAUUGUCGUUUGAUCUCAUGGUGUGGUUUAUUAUUGGAUGUGCAGACACUUGAGGUUUAUUGUGAUUACUCCAGUUAUGCCUUUACUUCUAUCAGAUCAAGUCUUUCCUUCAAUUCAAGUAGAAUAGCUGGAAAAAACAUGAAAUGCAAAUUGACUGCAGUCCUCAAACUGAAAUGCCAUCCUUUACUUCUUGACUUAAAGAUCAACAGCCUUCAGACAGUUCUAAUUAACAUCUACAAGAUAUUUUUACUUCAGGCUUACAGGUUCCAUGCCUGUGUUCUUCAGCUUCCAUUCAACCAGAAAGUUAGGAAUAAUCCUGAUUUCUUCCUAAGGAUCAUCUCUGAUACUGCUUCAUGCUGCUACUUUAUCCUGAAAGCUAAAAAUCCAGGGGUUUCUUUAGGUAGCAAAGAUGCAUCUGGCAUGUUCCCUUUUGAGGCAGCAGAAUGGCUGUGCUACCAUGCCUUCAUUGUCAAACUGUCCAACCACAAAGUUAUUUACAAAUGCUUACUUAAGCCCCUUAAAGUCUAUAAGAUGCAUCUGUUUGGGAAGAUCCCAAGGGAUACUAUGGAACUGCUGAAGACGGUGACGGAACCAUCGCUUUGUCAAGAUUUCAAAACUAUACUGGACUAAGGGAUUAAGGUCUAUUUCAUAAUCCUUCCAGGCUUAAAAAUAAAUGUUAAGUUUUUAGAUUAAUUUUCUCUGUAGAUAAUUUUGGUAGACUGAUCUGAAAGCAUCUCUACUUGAAAGUUUUCUUUUUUUUUUUUUUAUGGGUACCACCCAAUGACCUUUAAAAGAGUAGACUGUUUUGUUAACAUCUUCAUGUUUGUGUUUUUCUGUAAGUUCGAAGGCUGUUUGAAGUACAACCUGUGAACUUGACUCGAUUUCCUUCAGUAAUUCCUUUCUUCUUGGUGAAGACAUAUUUAACCUAUCUGUAUAAACAGAUCAAUAUUUUUGCCAGUAUUGUUUCUGAAGAACUGUUCUUUGAUUUUUCUAUUGCAGACAAUUUUACAAUAAAUUGUCUACAUAGUUGCAAUAAUGCAUACUUGCCUCCAAUACCUUUAUUUUGUAGUAAGCUUCAACCCAAUCCCACCCAACUUGGCAUUGUCUUGAAAUGCACUUAUUGGUACAGGGAAAGUGCAUUUCAUGGCUGCGCCUAGCAAGAUAUGUGGGGUAAAGAUUCUUUCACUUUGGAGAACACAGUCAAAAUUUGUAUGCCAAAUCUGGGUAUGUUCAACAUGUUUAAUAUAUUCUGAGAGUUUACAGAGAUGUACAGAACAAUGGUGAUGUAUUUAUAACUACAAAAACAAGGGGAACCAGAGUUAUUGAUUAGAUAAUAGAAAAGUAAUCUGCUUGGUAUAUUUGCAUUUCCUGUUCUUUAUUUAGGCUUAUCUUUUGCUCCUUAAUAUUACUGAACUAUUGUCUAGCCCUUAUGUUGGCAUGUUGUACAGGACUGAAUUUUGCUCUUUGACUGCUCUGAUAAACCUGCCCAUGUGUCUUUUUUCUAUAGGCUCCCAUGUUGAAUUUGCAAUGCUGUAAUGUCGAGUUAUUUUAUUAGAACAAAUAAAAUCUCUUGGCAGGGAUGAGAUUUAAGCACUUCAAGAACUUCCUGUGCUUCUGAGGAAGCUGUUACUUCCUGUGGCUAUUUACUCCUCACUAAGUCUGUCUUCAGCUAUGCAUUCCUUCCUGUCUGCUGCUCUUUUCAUCUUCUGCUAUACUAAUAAGAUUUUAUGUAGUUGCAGGUUGGUAUAAAUUUUGUUUCGUUACUGCACCGGCUCAAUGCAUUUUGUGUGUCAUGUUGAAGAAGGCCUUGCUGGUGGGCAGCAGUAAGAAUGAAUGCGUGUUUAUUUUGUCCUGGUCACUGUAUUCUGGAUGAACCUCCUGAGAAGGAUGAGCCAAAUAAUUACCUGAGAAUGGAUAAGCACGCCUGCUGUGAAAGAACUGUGCAGGAUAGGGGCUGGGGAAGUCUGAAAAUUAUCUCAGAAGCCAAGAUCCUAUAAUGUGAAUCCAUGCUGAGAGGAUGGGCUCUGUUCUGUGCUGAACAGCCACCUCAAGGCAGACUUUUGGGGUGAUCAAAAGAGUGUCCUGGAAAACUGUGGUAAAAAAAAGACUGAAGCAGCAACUGUGCUGAAGUAUUCCCUGUUUCUAAAAAGCAUUGUAAAGAGGUGCGUUUGUGAGGACUAGAAGAAAAACUCUCUGCUUUCAUCCAAGAGCAUGGUGGUUAUGGAUAGGUUUGCUUCCAAAGUCUUUAAAUGCAGACUUUUCUAUGUGUACUGAGAAAGAAACAUACCUUGUUUUAAUUUUUUUUUUAUGUUUAACUGUAAUAGACUGAAGGUUUGUAAUGUCUUUCAGCAUGCUCCCUUCUAGAAGAGGUUGGGGUGUUUUUCCCCCUUGAAGCUCAGAACAUCUGGGGUCCUAUCUCCAGCUUCGUUGCUUCUUUAUUCUGCUUCUACAGGAUGUUCUAACUUGCAGAUGUAUUGCCAGGACUAGCCCAUUUUUACUCUGUACCACAGCAGUGGCAUAUAAACUGACAAGGAAGUAUCUCAGUUGAAGGUGUAUUUUUGGAAAAAAAUAUGUGAAGUGUGGUGCAGUUUUCUGAGCUGAUGUUUGCCUUUACGUGUAACUACUUUUGCAAAUGGAAAAUUGGAAACUGUACAAAAUAUGGAUCUCUGUACUGUACUGGAAUCUUGGUGCUACAGCUCAGGACUGAUGGAGAAAAUGCUGGGAAUGCACGUUUAAGGAAUAGAUUUAACAUAACAGUAGCAUAGGCUUACUGCACUAAAAUGAUUGGUCCGCACCAUUGAAAAGGAAGGUAGAAAUAUCCCUUAAAGCUACUUCUGCAAUGAACUGUUUUAAAAUAAAUAGUGCAGUAUAUCACAGUGGUACAAUAUUUUCUACUGAACUGGUAGAAAGUUAGUAUGUUAAACAGCAACUACUGACAGGAAACAUCUUGGUGGAUUGAGUAACUUUGGGCUGGAAAUACUAAAGUAAUUUGCUUAAGAGCAUUCUGAACCUACAGUGUGAGUUUUCAACAAUCAUUGGAAAGCUGGGAAAAAUUCAGGAGACUCUGUGGGUAAGGGGAAAUGUUAAAAUUGUUUCGAUGUUUAGGAGAAGGUAAGUGGGAAGACUGAGAGCUAGGCCAGCCAAUGUAACUGCACUCUGCAACCUAUGCUCUGAGUCAAUUUGUCAGAGAUUUUAUUUGGGAUGCUCUGGGGAGGAAGUGUGGUUGGGAUAAUAGUGGUUUUUUACUCUCUCUGUGUAGAGCAGGAAGGGAGAAACUUGCCACAAACUCUUCUAGAGGAAGUUGAAGCAUCAACAUGCUUCAAAGGUAUCCUCGCUGCUUCCUGUUGGAAAGGGAUUUCAGACUGAAUUUCAGUUUGAGGUAGGUAUGAAAUUUUGCAGUGUAGGGAAAUGCUUGAGUUCCAGAAGGAGUAUGGUCCUCUCUCCACAGAUUUUUUCUGUCUGUUUUAGGAUAAUUUGGAAGCUUCCUCAUUUCUGGUGCUGUUGCAAUGCUCUUGCUGUGGCUUUUGUUUUGGGUUUUCAUUUGUUUUGUAUUAAUAGAUAUGAGUUUGUAUAACAAGCUCAAGGAUCUUAGGGUUAGGAAUUCUGUUAUGGCUGAAGAUCACAACGUCUGUAGCUGUGUCUCUUACCAAUUUACCCUCAAAGAAUUCAAGCUCUACUUACAGCCCAGCCCAAAGAAUUCUAUCCUCUUCUGUUCUAUCCUAGGAAAAGACUUCUUCAGUUAUGCUACUCAAGAGAAAGUCAGUCACACUAUUUAAGGGAAAAAGUCCUCAUAAGAUACCAUGCUUUCUAUGAAUAGGAGAGGGAGGAUUGUAGCACCAAAAUUUACUGAAAUGAGGCUACAGUUCUAGCACAGGAAAUUCAGAAUAGAUCACAUCCAAAAUGCACCAAGAACAGUAAGGCAGUGUUCCUGAAGGAGCUGUUUAGCAGAUUUUCUACAUGCCUACUUCAGCUAAACAGUAACCUAACCUUGUGCAUUUCCCUGUCGUGAACUGUAGUUACUGGGACUGAAAAGUCCCUUCCCUUUGCCUCCUUUUGCAGACUGAAGUAUCUGUCCAAUGAUCCAUGAAGUCUGUCUGCAGGGGAUCAAGAAUGAGCAGCUCAGAAAUCAAGGAGUUCAAAAUUUCCACUGUCUGUGUCAUGGCAGUGACUUGAGAUGCAUCCAUAAGAUUCAAGUCUAUAAAUCUAUACAGUUUCAUUAUCUUCUCAGUUUUUGUCUAUGUUAUUUAGCUGCAGUUUUUGUUAUGGACAUAUCUCUGACCAAAUUCUUAAGCCUGAUGACAUACCCUGCAUAUAUGAUUUUAAUGAACAUCUAUCUGUAAUCAAAUAUGUGAAUGUAUAUUGUACACUUUAAUUAAAAUUUCUAUUUACAUA